AUGGUUCUCUUCAAGCGCAAACCGGUGCGAUUCCUUCCACCAGCCGAAGUCAAGGACGACAAUGCCGAGGUUUGGCAUAUACCCCAAACUGGGGAGAUCUUCACCCGCUAUGAAGACUAUCUCGCCAGGAUGGAUUUCUACAGGCAGCGUCGCUUCAACUGUCAGAUCACGGGCCACUCUGGCUUGACCUUUUUUGAAGCCCUCAAGAGCGAGCGCGCCGGCGCCCAAGAAGUUGAAGAAGCCUUUCCCGAAGUCCUCAAGGGUCCUGUACUGCGCAACGUCCAGUUCCAGACCGUUUCUCGAAUCGAUACGCUUGUCGAUAACAUCUUCGAAGCUUUCCGCACCGACUUUUACCCUGGAGAGACUGUCACGGUCAAGCUGCCCAAUGGCGAAAGACAACAGGGCGUGGUCCGAGAGAAGACGCGCUUUCCGCACAAGCUGCUGCCGGAUGGCUCGGUCAGGCCGCCGACGACUAAAUACUAUGUCAGCAUUGAUGGCCGAGACGAUGCCGAGACCGUGGUUGACGACAGCAACCUCUUCCGUGAUCGCAAGACCUGGACCAAGGCGGUCCUGCGGUCCUUCGUCAAGCAAACUGUAACCCGCGAGGCCUGGAACGGCGCUCCCUGGCUUGUCAAGCAUGACUACGCGACUAUGUAUCAUAUAGACACACGCAUCCCCCCGCACCUCCGCUACGACACCAAGCUCCAAGAGAGGAAGCAGCUUCAGGCCCAAAGACGCGCUUCCCAACCCCAGCAACCGCAAUCUCAGCAAUCCCGGCCAAAAGAGGCGACGGCAAACGGCAUAAGCGGGACUUUUCAGCCAGGCCCAGCGCGUCUUCCGGAGCUCAAACCGUCCUCUAACAAGGGCCACAAGAGCCAACUACAGCACCAUCCGCCGCAUCAGCAGCCGCCUCACUUCCCCCACGACAUGAAGCACCCCCGUGCUCUGCUGAACGGCCCCGAGCAGGGCAUCUUCCACACCCAGAUUUCCGGGAACCCCUUUCAGCUCCCAAGCUUCCGCAACUCCGAUCCUCCACUUCACCCUGUGACGGUCCCAGAACCCCCUCCUCCACCGCCGCCGCCGCCGAAGUAUCCGAUCGAAGACCUUGAGCUGGAACCACGGCCAGACAAGAUCAGGCCGCCACUAGCCUUUAUGUGCAACGACGUGCCGAGCGGGCCGAAUACAAGCCGCAGCGACAACGACCUGAAGGAACCCAACGAUGUUGUGAGACACAUUUCGAUGAGAUCGAUAGGCCCGUUGUUAGAAACUUGGGACACGCUCAAUGUCUAUUGCGAAAUCUUCAAGCUAGAUUCGUUCACGUUUGACGAUUAUGUGGAGGCAUUGCACGUUGCUUCGGAAGAGACGCCUGUUCAGCUUUUCGAAGAAAUCCAUUGCGCGGUCCUCAAAAUCCUUGUGAGCUCGGAAGCGGAGGGGGGCAAAGUCAACGUCCCGCUGCCCGAACUGGACGAGGACGAUGACGAGGAUGAGGAAGACGCGGCAGAGGAAGAGGCCCGGUCGCCAACACCCGACGAGGACAAGCCGCCUGCGCGUGCAACGAGAAGCAGUCUGGCCAAAGCCGAAGCCGAGCGAUUGGCAGCCGAAGCCAGGGCAGCCGAGCUGGAGGCGGCGGCAGCCCAAGUCAAGCACCGUGCGGAGGAUCUCCUUGAGGAUUUUGAAUGGGUUGAGCAUCUGCGCAAGCGCAACUUCAAGGACGGCGGGUGGCAACGGAUCAUGGUUGGUUUGCUUCAUCAGCUCUCCAAGGAUGAGCGUCUGCAGGAACGGUGUGAGGAGUUGCUUGCCCGGCUCGUCCCCCCUGGCGAGGAGCCGACGCAGGAGACGGUGCUCCAAAACUACGCCAGCCUUGGCCUCGAUUACCGCGUCGAAGCCUUGCAGAUUAUCUGCAUACUCACAACCCGGGCCAGGGCUAUCCGGGCGUACAUGGAGGACUGCAGCGAGCAAAUGACCUCGUAUCGAAAGGAGAAGAUUGAGUGGCAGAGGCAGAAGAAACAAGCGAUUGAGGAGCUGCGGGCGCUAAAUGAUCAGCGCAAGAUUCUUCUUCCCGAAAAUAUGCCACCCUCUCCGCCCCCUGAGCCCUCCAAGCCGGAUGACGAAUCCAAAUCAGCAGACGUUGGCUCUCCAGCAACCCGGGAUGGGGAGGUGUCCGAAUCUGGUGAGGACGGUUCAUCGAAGAGGCAGGGCCGGAGGCUGAACGAUCGCGCUGCCGAACGGCAACGAAAGCGCAAGGAGGAGCAGGAACGCAAGGAGAAGGCGGCGGCCGAAGCUGCCAAGGUCCCCAAGCAGUCAAAACAAUUCACCAAGCUCCUGAAGGACAUCCAGAAGAAGGAAGACUUGAUAAAGAAUUGUGAGGAGCAAAUCGGCAUCAUUGACAACGACCUCAGAGAAGCCGACUGCCCUCGUACGCGCGUCCUGGGUAAAGAUCGGUUCUGGAACCGGUACUACUGGUUCGAGCGCAACGGCAUGCCCUAUGGCGGAUUGCCCGACAGCUCCACAGCCUCGGCAGGCUACGCCAACGGCUGCAUCUGGGUGCAGGGCCCGGACGACUUGGAGCGAGAGGGCUACAUCGAUCUUGCGCCGGAAUACCAAAACGAAUACAAGGCCAAGUUCGCUAUGACGGUUCCCGAGCGGAAGGAGAUGGAAGAAGGACCCACGAGCGUCUACACGGCGAGACAAUGGGGCUACUACAGCGAGCCGGAACAGGUGGACAACCUCAUCCGAUGGCUCGACCCGCGCGGGCUGAACGAGAGCAAGCUGCGAAAAGAGCUGCUGAAUUUCCGCGACAAGAUUGCGAAGAACAUGGAGAACCGGAAGAAGUACAUUACGCCAGCGGAGACGAACAACGACAACAACGACAACAACAACGGGGAGGAGCCGAAGGAGUCGAAGCGAGGCGUGGCCUCGCGGACGCGACUGCGGCAGACCCCCGAGCCGACGACGCACUAUCGCUGCUUGGUGUGGGAGAACACCACGGCCGUGGAGGAACUCGGCCAUCUGCACUCCGAACCCCCUCCGCCGCCGCGCACCCGGAAACCGACCAAGAAGCGGCAGGCGGCGGAAUCGGCCCCCGAACCGGCGCCUGCGCCGAAAACUCGACGGCGUAAAUGA